GGCCGAGGGCGUUCGCCGCGCGUUGGCCGAGGCGGGGGCGGCCGUUCCCCUCCAGCCAAGACGCUGUUGGGCGUCGGCCUCUUCCGCCGCUGCCCCCGGCUCGGCUCAGCCCCGCCCCGAGCGGCGGCGGCGGCUUCUUGACCCCGGUGCCAUGCGUCCCGGUCGUGUGGGCAUGGUCGUGUCCUGGGCGCUGCCUGCGCCCCUCAGCCCGGCGCAGCUGAAGCGCCUGGAGCAGCACCGCUACAGCGCGGCCGGGCGCUCGCUGCUGGAGCCGUGGCUGCAGCCCUACUGGGGCUGGCUGGUGGAGCAGGUCCCGCGGGGGCUGGCGCCCAACGCCAUCACUAUGGGCGGCCUCCUGCUGAACUGCCUGACGGCGCUGCCGCUCAUCGUCUCCUGCCCCAGCGUCACCGAGCAGGCACCUUUUUGGGCAUACAUCCUGGGUGCACUAGGACUUUUUAUCUACCAGUCUCUGGAUGCCAUUGAUGGGAAGCAAGCCAGAAGAACAAACAGUAGUUCUCCCCUUGGAGAGCUCUUUGAUCAUGGUUGCGACUCUAUUUCCACAGUAUUUGUUGUCCUUGGAUCCUGCAUAGCAAUCCGACUAGGAACAAAUCCUGACUGGUUGUUUUUCUGUUGUUUUGUGGGACUGUUCAUGUUCUAUUCUGCUCACUGGCAGACAUACGUAUCAGGCAUACUAAGGUUUGGAAAAAUUGAUGUAACUGAAGUUCAGAUCACCAUAACAAUGCUGCUCUUGAUAACUGCCUAUGGAGGAGCAGGAAUGUGGGACUAUAAGGUCCCUUUGCUGGGCUUAGAACUGAAGUUCUUUGCAGUUAUUGGCAUCCUGUGUGGAACAGCAAUUUCUUUUUUCAAUUACUUCCGUGUCAUCUUUGGUGGAGGGGUUGGAAAGAAUGGAUCUACAAUAGCAGGAACAAGUGUUCUUUCACCAGCCCUGCACAUUGGUCUGCUUAUCACAUUGGCCAUUACAAUUUAUAAAAAGUCUACAACUCAGCUCUUUGAGAAACAUUCUUGCCUGUAUGUCUUGACGUUUGGGUUUGUGAAUGCCAAAAUCUCACAGAAGUUGGUGGUGGCUCACAUGACAAAAAGUGAAAUUUGUCUUCAGGACUCUGCAUUUAUCGGGCCAGGACUUUUGUUUUUGGACCAGUACUUCAACAGUUUCAUUGAUGAAUAUAUUGUUCUGUGGAUAGCAUUGUUCAUAUCCUUGUUUGAUAUGCUGAGAUAUGCCACUGGUGUGUGCCUACAGAUUGCCGCUCAUCUUCAUAUACAUGUCUUCAGAAUUUCAUCUCAUCAAGCUCCUGAGCAGGUACAAGUUGCUCCUCCACUGAGCCAUCAGAAUAACAUGGACUGAAGAGACUUGCGAACAGUUGCCAUCUCCUGCUGUUGCUGUCACAAGAAAAGGAGAUAAUGCUGAACAAAUGCUGUAUCAAUAAGAUUCCUUUGAAUUAAAUGAAUGUCAAAUGAC